CUGGGAGCGGGUGGCGGGCGCGGCGGCCCGGGCCCGGGCGGUGAUUGGCCGCCUGCUGGCCGCGACUGAGGCCCCGGCGGCGGGCGGGGAGCGCAGGCGGAGCCCGCUGCUGCGGAGCAAAGAAGAUGCUGCUGUCCCUGGUACUCCACACGUACUCCAUGCGCUACCUGCUGCCCAGCGUCGUGCUCCUGGGCACGGCGCCCACCUACGUGCUGGCCUGGGGGGUCUGGCGGCUGCUCUCCGCCUUCCUGCCCGCCCGCUUCUACCAGGCGCUGGACGACCGGCUCUACUGCGUCUACCAGAGCAUGGUGCUCUUCUUCUUCGAGAAUUACACCGGGGUCCAGAUAUUGCUAUAUGGAGAUUUGCCAAAAAAUAAAGAAAAUAUAAUAUAUUUAGCAAAUCAUCAAAGCACAGUUGACUGGAUUGUUGCUGACAUCUUGGCCAUCAGGCAGAAUGCGCUAGGACAUGUGCGCUAUGUGCUGAAAGAAGGAUUAAAGUGGCUCCCAUUGUAUGGGUUUUAUUUUGCUCAGCAUGGAGGAAUCUAUGUAAAGCGAAGUGCCAAAUUUAAUGAGAAAGAGAUGCGAAACAAGUUGCAGAGCUAUGUGAACGCAGGAACUCCAAUGUAUCUUGUGAUUUUUCCAGAAGGUACAAGGUAUAAUCCAGAGCAAACAAAAGUCCUUUCAGCUAGUCAGGCAUUUGCUGCCCAACGUGGCCUUGCAGUAUUAAAACAUGUGCUGACACCACGAAUAAAGGCAACUCACGUUGCUUUUGAUUGCAUGAAGAAUUACUUAGAUGCAAUUUAUGAUGUUACGGUGGUUUACGAAGGGAAGGACAAUGGAGGGCAGCGAAGAGAGUCACCGACCAUGACGGAAUUUCUCUGCAAAGAAUGUCCAAAAAUUCAUAUUCACAUUGAUCGUAUCGACAAAAAAGAUGUCCCAGAAGAACAAGAACAUAUGAGAAGAUGGCUGCAUGAACGUUUCGAAAUCAAAGAUAAGAUGCUUAUAGAAUUUUAUGAGUCACCAGAUCCAGAAAGAAGAAAAAGAUUUCCUGGGAAAAGUGUUAAUUCCAAAUUAAGUAUCAAGAAGACUUUACCAUCAAUGUUGAUCUUAAGUGGUUUGACUGCAGGCAUGCUUAUGACCGAUGCUGGAAGGAAGCUGUAUGUGAACACCUGGAUAUAUGGAACCCUACUUGGCUGCCUGUGGGUUACUAUUAAAGCAUAAACAAAUAGCUGUCUCCAGACAAUGGGAUGUGCUACAUUGUCUAUUUUUGGCGGCUGCACAUGACAUCAAAUUGUUUCCUGAGUUUAAUAAGGAGUGUAAAUAAAGCCUUGUUGGUUGAAGAUUGGAUAAAAUAGAAUUUGUGACGAAAGCUGAUAUGCAAUGGUCUUGGGCAGACAUACCUGGUUAAUACAACUUUAGCACCCGGGCUGCUGGAAGGGUAAAAGCUAAAUGGAGUUUCUCCUACUCUGUCCAUUUCCCAUGAACUAAUGACAACUUGAGAAGGCUGGGAGGAUUGUGUAUUUUGUAAGUCAGAUGGCUGCAUUUUUGAGCAUUAAUUUGCAGCAUAUUUCACUUUCUCUGUUAUUUUCAGUUUAUUACAACCUGACAGCUCUAAGGUCUUAUUACUAAAGUAUUUAGUAUCUUGCAGCUAGCUAAUAUUUCAUCUUGUGCUUAUUUCUACAAGUCAGUGAAAUAAAUUGUAUUUAAGAAGUGUCAGGAUGUUCAAAGGAAAGGGUAAAAAGUGUUCAUGGGGAGAAAGCUCUGUUUAGCACAUGAUUUUAUUGUAUUGCGUUAUUAGCUGAUUUUACUCAUUUUGUAUUUGCAAAAUAAAUUUCUAAUAUUUAUUGAAAUUGCUUAAUUUGCACACCCUGUACACACAAAAAAUGGUAUAAAAUAUGAGAAAGAAGCUUAAAAUUGUGAUUCUGAUUCAUUAUAGCAGAACUUUAAAUUUCCCAGCUUUUUGAAUAUUUAUGCUAUUAGUACUCCCCUAUGUCUGUGCCAUAAGUGCUUGAAAACAUUAAGGUUUUCUGUUUUGUUUUUUUUUAAUAUCCAAAUAGUCAGUGUGCACCUUGGUUGGACCCCAAGUUCACAAGAUUUUUAAGGUGACGAGAGCCUGCAGACAUUCUGCCUAGAUUUACUAGCAUGUGCCUUUGCCUUCUUCUCUUUGAUGGAACAGGAUGUUCAGAAGUCACGUUUCUGUGAUGUGGUGGAUUCCCACUGGGCUCUGGCCCUUUUCCUUUGGAUCCCGUCAGCGGUGCCGCUCAGCGGCUUGCACGCAGAUUUGCUGGGAAGAAAUGCAGAGCCAGCCUGGGCUGCCCACUUUCAGAGCUGACCUCUUUAAGCCCUUGUGAGUGGGCUUCACCAGCUACUGCAGGGGCAUUUUGCAUUUGUCUGUGUCAAGAAAUUCACCUUCUCAAGCCAGUGAAAUACAGAAUUAAUUCAUCAGGACUGAACGAAUUUGUUUAUUUCCCAUUAGGUUUAGUAGAGCUACACAUUAAUAUGUAUCACCUUAGAGCAAGAGCUUUGUUCCAGGAACCAAAUCACAAUUUUCAGCCAUGGAACAAUAUAUCCCAUGGGAGAAGACCUUUCGGUGUGAACUGUUCUAUUUUUGUGUUAUAAUUUAAACUUUGAUUUCCUCAUAGUCCUUUAAGUUAACAUUUCUGCUUACUGCUACUGGAUUUUUGUUGCAAAAAUAUAUCAAUGGCCCACAUGAAACAUACGAAUUGGAUCAUGAUAAGCAAAAUGAAAGAAAUAAUGAUUAAGGGAGAAUCAAGUGACUGUGUUACACUGCUUCUCCCAGGCCAGAGAAUAAACUGUUUCAAGCAUCGUCUUUGAAGAGUCGUGUGAUGUGAAUUGGUUUAGAAUGGAUGCACACAUCCAUGCACACUCAGGAUACAGUUGGCCUAAUCAUCAGUGGGGCAUGGGUAAAACUUAAGAAAAGUUUCCUCAUGCCAAAUUCUAAUUUUCUCUUACCUGUAAAGUAAAAUUUAGAUCGAUUCCAUGUCUUUGUUAAGUACAGGGAUUUAACAUAUUUUGAAUAUAAUGGAUAUGUUCUAAAUUUGAACUUUGAGGGGCAAUACUAUUGGAAUUAUGUGGAUUCUAACUCAUUUUAACAAGGCAGUCUGACCUGCAUAAGAUCACUUGAAUGUUAUGUUUCAUAGAACUAUACUAAUCUCACAAACGGUCUAUAAAAUAUAGUAGUUGAAAAAAUUUUUGUAUCAAAAUGUUUGGAAAAUUAGAAGCUUCUCCUUAACCUGUAUUAAUUCUGACUUGAAUUAUUUUCUAAAAUUAAGAGCCGUAUACCUACCUGUAAAUCUUUUCACAUAUCAUUUAAACUUUCGUUUGUAUUAUUAUUGAUUUACAGCUUAGUUAUUAAUUUUUCUUUAUAAGAAUGCCAUCGAUGUGCAUGCUUUUAUGUUUUUCAGGAAAGGGUGUGUUUGGAUGAAAGUAAAAAAUAAAAUCUUUCACUAUCUCUAAUGGCUGUGCUGUUUAACAUUUUUUGAUCCUAAAAUUCACCAACAGUCUCCUAGUACAUAAAAUAGGCUUAAUGACUGGCCCUGCAUUCUUCACAAUACUUUUCCCUAAGCUUUGAGCAAAGUUUUUAAAAAUACACUAAAAUAAUCAAAACCGUUAAGCAGUAUAUUAGUUUGGUUAUAUACAUUCAUCUGUAAUUUAUAAGAUGCAUGGCCAAUGUUAAUUUGCUUGACAAUUCUGUAAUCAUUAAGUGAUCUCAAUGAAACAUGUCAAAUGCCUGAAAUUAACCAAGUUGGUGAAUAAAAGUGCCAAUCUGGCUAACUCUUAGACCAUACAUACUGAUAGUUUUCCAUAUGUUUCAUUUCCAUGUGAUUUCUAAAAUUUAGAGUGGCGACAAUUUUCCUUGCUAUGGGUUGCAUAAGCUUUAUUUUUUCCUUUGUUUAUAAUUACAUUCUUUGAAUAGGUCUGUGUCAAUCAAGUGAUCUAACUAGACUGAUCAUAGAUGAAGGAAAUAAGGUCAAGUUCAAAACCAGCCUGGGCAACAUAGCGAGAACCUGUCUACAAAAAAAUGAAAAAAAAUUAGCCAGGCAUGAUGGCAGUGCAACUGUCGUCCCAGCUACUUGGGAGGGUGAGGUGGGAGGAUCACUUCAGCCCAGGAGGUUGAGAUUGCAGUGAGCCAGGUCAUACCACUGCACUACAGCCUGGGUAACAGCACGAGACCCCAUCUCUUAAAAAGGAAAUAUAGAAAUAUAAAAUUUGCUUAUUAUAGACACACAGUAACUCUCAGAUGUAUACCACAACAAAUGUGAAAAAAAUGUCUAUCAAAGCAGUAUUUUGUGUGUAUAAUUGCAAGUGCAUAGUAAAAUAAUUUUUAACCUUAAUUUGGUUUUAGUAGUAUUUAGAUUGAAGAUUGAGUAAAAUAUUUUCUUGGCAGAUACUCCAUAUCUGGUGGAAAGCUACAAUGUCCUUGUAGUUUUGCACAGCUUGCUUUAUAAACAAGAUUUUUUUCCCCUCCUUAUGUGCCAGUUUUCAUUACGAGUAACUCAUACUUUUUGAUUAAAGAACUUGAAAUUACAUUAUCGCUUAGUAUAAUUGACAUUAUGUAGAGACUAUGUAACAUCCAAUCAUUAGAAUGAAAAUUAGUACUUUGGUCAAACUAAUAUUUAGAACAUUCACAUAUUUAUCAAAUAUUCAUGUAAUUAACUGAAUUUGAAACCUUUAAUUCAAUUAUUAUGGAGUGCUUGUAUGAUCACUAAUUUACUCAGUUUAGAGUAGCUACAACUUUUCAAUACUUAUCAAUAUUUGACAUCUUUCCCAAUUUGUGUAUGAAAAGUAAAUCUAUUCCUGUAGUGACUGGGGAGUCAUACAUGAGGUCAAAGACAUAUACCUUGUUAUUAUAAUACGUAUACUAUAAUAAUACCUGGUUAUCCUGAGCAGAAAAAAAGUUAUUUUUAAGAAAGUCACUUCAAAUAGAAAGCUGAAGUACUUAUAAUGUACUGAGGGAACGCUAAUAUGUGGAACAAACUUUUAAUAAAAUGUUUAUUGAUGUUGAAACAGAUCAGUUUUUUCAUCCGGAUUAUUAUUGGUUCAUGAUUUUAUAUGUGAAUAUAUAAGAUAUGUUCUGCAAUUUUAUAAACGUUCAUGUCUUUUUUUUAAAAAGGUGCUAUUGAUAUUCUGUGUCUCCAGCAGGCAAGAAUACUUGACUAACUCUUUUUGUCUCUUUAUGGUAUUUUCAGAAUAAAUUCUGACUUAUGUUACUGGGAUUAUUGGUGCCUCAUUAAUUCAGCAAUAAAGGAAAAUAUG